AUGUCUUUCCCCCAGGAUUCUCGCCGCCGUCGCGGUGGAGCCGGCACUGGUUUCAGCGCGACUGGCAGGCGCACGGCCAUGGGGUAUUGGGUGCCCUUGGCCCUGACUGUGGGAAUCGCAACUCUUGGCGUUGCAGCAUGGAUAUGGAGUGAACGAAGUGACGACGACGAGGACGACCGCCCCCAUGACGACGGAGAUGGCCACUACCCGCCUCCCGAGGGCGCAAAUGAUUUCCCUCCACCUGCCUAUGGCGCUGGAGAGUAUGCGAGAAGCACUGGGCCCGACGUGAUGCCCGGUGAUGCCCCCUACGACCACAGCGUGAUGGCACGCAUGCAGGGUGCUUUGCGCCGGACACCCAGUCCCCAGCAGAUCAUCGACGGUGCGAGCAAAAGGGUUGUGGCUGGAGUGACUGCAGCAGGCGCCUUUGUUGGCGGUGCUCUCACAUCGAUCAGAGAGGAAAACCGGGGUGAUUUCGAGGACCACUCUCGCUGGUCCGAGGAGGCGCAAUCCCGGGCCCACGAGAGGAGUCAACAGCCUAUUGUCCCGACGAUGAGUGGCGCACUCCCAAGCCAUGGAAAUGGUGCUCAACCUUCCAGUAAGAAGAAGACGGUGGUCAUUGUUAUUUCCUCACUCUCACCGGGUGAUUCUGAUGAAUUCGGCUCGGAGCAUGCUUCUAUUCUUUCCCACCUUCCUGAACACGUGGAUCUCGAUACCUCUAGAAUCUUCGUGUUGAUCUAUGCCCCGAACUUAAAACACGCCAUUGGCCAGGGAGGCUCCUCUCGCCCGACGCAGUCCAUCACGUCGUCAUACUCGAACAUCGCUACCGAGGAGGCAGAGUCCUCGGGUGAGGCUGGUAAUGACCUGACGCCUGUGGAGCCUCGACAGGACGAUGAUUUUGAAGGCACAACUUCUUUCUUCCGGACCCUGUACAAGCAGGCCCAGGCAUUGGUCGAGAAAGAGAGUAUGAUUAUGCCAUUCAAUACCCCUACUGGAUAUGUUCAUCUCGUCCGUCAUCUGGCACCCGAGCUUGUUUAUGUUCAGGAAUCCUUGACUGGAAACGAGGGUGACGCUGUUCAACACAUCUCAGGCUGGGUGCGACAGGUCAUUGUUGUGGUUGGAGACGAAGGUGGUCGCGGGGGCCUCAUUGACAGCGAUGAUGAGUCUGCGCUCGCCGACAAGGGUGAGAGGUGGUGGCAGAAAGAAGGCGUCACUGGUAUCGGGAAGCGCAUUGAUGUAGUCGAUGUGCUUCGGGUGGGAGACGAUUGGCGACGACGCGUUCGCGACCAUGACUAG